AUGCCCCUUUGGAUCAUCUACCACCCCGAAGGCACGUUCGAGGACGACGCCAGCAAAGAAGCGUUUUCCACCGACAUCACCAAAUUCUACACCAACAUCGGCCUUCCCGCCUUCUUCGUUGUGGCCAACUUCAUCAAGCUGCCCCAGGGCGCCAUGUGGGUCGGCGGCAAGAAGCUGAGCAAAGACAAGCCGUUCAUUCGCAUCUCGAUCGAACACAUAGCUGUUAACCUUCCCGACGAUGACAAAAUCUUCAGAAAGGUGGCUGAUGAUGUGGAUGCCAUCUUGAAGCCGCACGUUGCAGACAAGGGCUACGACUGGGAGUUCCACAUUGACGAGACUGACCGGCGCCUGUGGAAGGUCCAAGGCUUGCACGCACCGGCGUUCGGGAGUGACGAGGAGAAGAUUUGGGUCAAGGAAAACAGGGCUAUUCCGUGGGAGAAAAGUUCCCUUUGA